CGCAAGAGCACGACACAGACCAGCAGGUGGCGCUUCGCACCUUGCGAGCUGCGCAGGGUCAUAGUUACUCAUUGAGUUCUUUUUGGCUCCGGUCCCGUUGUAACUCUCAUUGACUCACUAAUAUAUAGGGAGCACUAUAACCUUUUGUGACAGAGUGUUUGUAUUUGUAAAAGCAUAGCUAAACCCCGCAGUCGAAGCCGCAUAAAGUAUCUACAGGAUGUCAGGAACGAAGAUAUCCUGCCCUGGUCAAAAUUCGAGAACUGUACCCGGAAGGAUUUUGUGCACGCACAGCUAGUCAGUAUUCACGACUAGCCGGAAAUUGGCGCCCAGACUCGCGCGACAGAGGUUGCCCUGGAAACUGUGGUUAAUUCUGAGCCUGGAGAGGUGGUGUUGGUGUACCACGCCUCGGGGGUCGGGGUCAGCACAGACUCAGCGGAGAACCCUCCUUGGUGACUGCUACGAGUCGAGGACAACUGCGGCAAAGAACGGCUGGGAAGAGGAGAGAUGAGAUGAGCUAAGAAGGGUGGGCAAAGAAGGAAAAUGGGUAGGCGCAAGAUGUAAAGAGGCCCUCAGCUAGGACACUGCAGAACAAUUGUUCCAGUUUGUCUGCACGCUCAGGAAAAAAAAAAUCAGCAUUAUCUACAUAUUGCUUAACAACCUAUGAGAAAAUGGAUAGUUAGACGAGUGUCACCCAGAACCAUCUUCUCAGCAUGAUUCAGAUCUCUCCAGAUGCAGUGAGCUGGGCCCCAGGACGCCCCAGCCACCCUGACACACCACCCAACAUCUAUGAGGGAGGGUUGGGGGCCCAGCAGCAGCAGGGCCCCAGUGCCCAGGGAAGCAAGCCCAAGAACUUCCGAUUGCGACACCUCCGGAGCCUGGCUCUCUACCUGCCAGGCCACAUGCAGCCUGCUGGCCAAUGUGGAAGCCACUGGCUAGGCCGGCUCAUGGCUGGGGGCAGCCUGACACGGCCUGAAGGCUCGCUCUGGCCCCUGGACCUGCCACAAGGGACCCUGGGUCCAGGUAACAGCCAUUGCUCAGCCCUUCUGGAAGCCCACCUGCCCAGGGACAGCCUGGGAAAUACAGCUUCCAGUUCCAGCAUGGACCCAGCCAAGGGUGUCCCCUCCCAGUCUGGUCCCCCUGAGGGCUUGGGACUCAGGCCCAAGAGGUCCUGGAGAGCCUUGGAGGAGACCAUGUGUCCCUUGUGCAAGAGAACCCGCUCUGGGGCCUUGGAGAGGACAUAGGAGCCAAAGUGCCAGGGCUGGGGAACAAUAGGGGAAGGAUGGCCGAGGAGGAGGCCAGGGCUGCUGAGGACGGGUUCAGUCCCAGCGGCAGUCCUCCCCACUGAGAUGGCCCCCAAAGUUGCCCAGCACUAGAUCUGGGCUAGUCUGGGGAAAGCAUGAGGAGGGAGGGAGGAAGAAGAACCAUGAGAGGGACAGAAGAAAUGGAAGCAUGCCCAUACCCUUGCAGCCUGCCCAAACUCCGGUCAGCCACUUGUACUUGGGAGGUCAGGCCGAGCAGAAUCAGGUUCCUGAGAGGCCAGGGAGUCCUCAGGUCUAAUCUCAGUAAAAGCCAAGGCCUGCA